AUGAAAUCACAUGACAAAAUUAAUAGAAACAAAAACCUUUAAGAAAUUUAUGGAAAAUUAGGAUAGAAAACAAAGAGAGUGUAAAUUAGAGAAAUCAGUUAAUAUAACUCAAUUGCUAUAAAAAUCAAAAAGAAAGAAAAUUAAGUAGUAUUUCCUGACAUAUUACUAGUAGAAAAGAGAGUAGUUAAGUUAACUAUUAAGCAAUCAAAACAAUCAGGGAAAGAGAAUACAAUAAAACACUAUGGUUUUGUCUCAAUCACUUCUACUUUCAAUUUAUUAGCAAAGUUAGAAUAACAUAGAAGUUUUGAUAGUUGA